AUGAAUUGUGACGGCUUUUUCGAGUUGGAGAAAAGUCGGAUAGAUUACCGCAGUUACAGGUAUAUCGAAUUGGACAAUGGACUGAGGGCUAUAUUAGUGUCCAACCUAAAGCCUGGGGAGGAAGCACCCAAUGACUCCUUAUCGGAUUCAGAUCUUGAAAGUAAUAAUUCGGAAAGCUUGGAAGACGAAGAUGUUGAUAUUGAAGAAAACCCUAUCAGUGACCAGGAGGCGAAGUCUGCUGCUGCAUUGUGCAUUAAAGUGGGAAGUUUCUCAGAUCCAGUAGAAGCUCAGGGCUUAUCACAUUUUUUGGAGCAUAUGGUAUUUAUGGGUAGUUUAAAAUAUCCAACAGAGAAUGAUUUUGAUGCAUAUCUUAGUCAGCGUGGUGGAACUAAUAAUGCUUGGACAGGGAAUGAAUACACUUUAUUUCAUUUCGAUGUAAAACGUAAACAUUUUGCUAGUUGCCUUGAUAAAUUUGCCAACUUUUUCAUUUCACCACUUUUGAGCAAAGAUAGCACAGAUCGUGAGAUAAAUGCAGUUAAUAGCGAAUUUGAACUGGCAUACACCAAGGAUUCUUCACGACUCCACUAUUUAAUUGGUCAUUUGUCUCGUAAAGAUUCUCCCUACAAACUGUUCGGUUAUGGCAAUUGUAAAUCGCUACGUGAAAUCCCGGAACAAAAUGGUACUGAUAUUUAUUCACUUUUAAAUAAACAUCGAAAGAAUUUUUAUUCUUCUGAUCGAAUGACACUUGCUGUACAGUCGAAACAUCAUUUAGACGAUCUGGAAGUAUUGGUACGAAAAAUCUUCUCUGAUAUACCAAGAAUUGGACUACCUGUGACAAACUUUAAAUGUGUUGAACCUUUCGAUAUUAAUUCAUUUGCUAAAUUAUACAAGGUUUGUCCUUUGAGUGUAAAAGAGAAAAUACGUAUUGUCUGGAUUCUUCCUCCACAAAUCAAUCAUUAUGAAUCAUCUCCAAUGGAAGUAUUAUCUUCUCUUAUUGGUCAUGAAGGUAGAGGAAGUGUAUUGGCCUUACUUAAAAAAGAAAAUCUUGCCGUUUCACUUAGCGCGGGCGUUACUUGUACAUCAGAUUUUGAUAAUUCUAGUUUAUGUACAAUUUUUAUGGUUAAUAUUCAACUUACUGAUUAUGGUCGUGAUCAUACUUUCCAAGUUUGUGGAAUAUUAUUUGAUUAUAUAAAAAUUCUACUGUACUCAGCGUUAAAUUCUACAUCGAUAUCUUUAAUGAAUGGUGGUUUAGAAGGUAAUAAUAAUAAUAAUGGUGAACGCAUUCAUACAAAUCACUGUCAUAAACAUACGUUCGCUACAUAUCUACCAGAAUAUCAAAUGGUUAAAACAGCUAAUUUUCUAUAUACAGAACCGGAAGAAGCUGAAGAUACAGUGGUUAAUCUAGCCAAUAUGUUACAUCUUGUUAAAUGUGAACAUGUUUAUUCUGGUUAUAGGCUAUUAAAAAAGCCAAAUAUAAAAUUGUACAUUGACCUAUUGAAAUUGAUGACACCAAAUCGUGCAGCUAUAUUCUUUCUGUCAUCAACUUUUGCAUCUUCAGUGAAAGAUGAUGAGUCAAGAUUAGAACAUGAACCAUGGUUUAAUGUAGCUUAUCAAAAAGAAGAUAUACCCGAACAUAUUAUGAACGGAUGGAUCCAUUCAAAACCAGACGACGAAAAAUUACAUCUUCCAUAUGAAAAUAAAUUUUGA